AAAACAGAGAAUCUAUCAGGGCGAGCUAACGAAAAGAAGGAGAAAAGCAUAGCCAAAGGAAAAACUUUUGUUACUUUGGAAAUUAGUGCUGUUUCAAAAAAAAAAAUGGAAAAAGGAAAGCAGAGCCAAAAAGGUUUUAACCAAAAAAAGUUAUAAAAUAUCUUCCUUUUUAGGUUAUUAAAUGAGUGUCCUGUUAAUUAUUUUUAUCUUUGUGUGGUCCUUUCGACAUCUUGGCCGCAUAUGUUUUAGCUGCUUCAGUUUUGCGACACUACCGACAUCUUCGUGUACACCACUAACGAUUGAUAUAAGAAAUUUCGAUGAUUCGACGGUUUGUUGUAUUGGGCGAGUUUUUAACGUAGCGUUCAAGAAAUAGCGCCAAGUAAUUUCUGGAGCUCUCUGACGGAGCGCACAAAAAAGAAAAUAAGAAUAUCAAAUAACAUUGCUUUUUUAUUUAUACAGCUUUCCACUUGCAAGAAAGUUGUGAUGUAAAAAGCUUAUUGGAAACAAAUUGAAUUUCAAAGAUGGGGAACUGGUUUUCCUCCACGUCAUCAGCCAACCAGAAACCAUCAAGCACAACUUAUAAUAGACAAUGUUACGCAGAGAGAAUUGCGUACUCGCAUGGAAGGGAAGAAAACAGAAGAGAAAAUCCUCUAAGAAAACAAAACUAUGAUUUUUUUAGCUUUCCAACAACUGCAAGUACAUAUCAUUCCGCCGAAAGUGUUGGUAAAUUAAAGUCAUACAAAUACACUGAGGACGUCACAAGUGAACGACAAAAUGGCGCGCCUUGCAUAAAUAAAAGAAUUUAUGGUAAUGUUACAACAAGCACAGGCAACACUGAAACAACUAACAAGUCGGCAAACACAAGACAGAUUUCUGAUAAUAAAAAUUCUAAAGUUGUUUCUCCUCUACAUUUCUCUGAUCGUUAUGCAGAUUCGAUGCCAUUCAUUUCAUCACAUCAAAGUGAAAAUGUAUUUAAUUCAACAAAGCCUUGGAAAGAGACAACAGACAUACGUAACCUCGGUGAAUCUGAAUACUUGGAGCGAAGGUAUACUGACAGUAUCACUAAAGCUGUCCCAACUCUUUCAUCUUCAUGUUCGGCAUCAUCUUGUCAAAAAGUUAGUGUACUUAAUUCUACAAACUCAAAAAGAGGAACGGAAGAGAUUAAUCAGGAUCUUUUGAAUUUUCCACCUUUAACUAAAUUACCCGAUGUACCGUCAACUUUCUCAUCUGCUUCACCAACAACAUCAUUUCAAAGUGGAAAUGCACUGAAUUCAACGCCGUCAACAGUAAAGACGACAGACAUAAACAAGCAAAACGUUUCUGCAUACCUACCCGCAAAUCAUCCAUCACAAUCUUAUUCUAGUAUCACGAAAACGGCAACACUUUCAACACUUUCCUCCACUUCUCUAGCCGGAAGCCAUGAAAAGGAAAAAAAAAUUGAAACGACGCCUGAUGAUGAAGGAAAAAACCUUAAUAAACACAAACCAAAGCAAUAUGAAGCUGUUUUAUCACCAAAAGAGAGCGAGAACAUAGCAACACGAUCCCUCUUAUCUUCAGAUGUUUCUUUAUCAGAUGUCUCAUUACGAUCAUCAGAAUUUUCGGACGAAGAAGUAAGCGAUGUAACGCUACCUAGGGGGUUCGAUAUAGACUUCGAUUUAUUUGGAUAUGAGGACGACACAAAAUAUGAUUUGUAUUGCCACUUAACUAACGAAUUUGAAGAAUAUGAUGAGAACAUGGGCAAACUUGUAAAAAACCCAUUAAGUUUGUGUUUUUGUGAAUGUACUAUAGGUUCACUUAUCGGUUCGUCUCAUACUUACGUGGAUCAGAUUGAACGAGUUACAAAUGUGGACUUAAAAGACAAAUACUUCACUAAAGACAAUAUCAAAGAUGAAGUUGUUAUAACGCUUCCUGAAAAAUGUACCUUAACCAAAGCCAAUGAAAUCAAAGGAAUGUAUACAACAUUACUUAAAGGCCAAUUUUAUCGACAUCAAGCAUAUUUUUACAACGAUAGGAGGAUGCAUUACUUGGAAAUGGCAUUGGAUAUUGAGGUAGAAUUUGGUCGAAGAUCUUCUUAUUUGCACCGUGUAAAUCGAAUUAGAUUCAAAUAUGGUGAAAAAACUACAGCGUGUCACAACCUGGCUGAAUCAUUUUUUUUUAAGUUUUGCAAUAUAGGAAGAGCACUUGAUCAAAUUGACUUACACUAUCUUCUAACACAAUAUGAGAAUGAGAAAACAAGGAAGAAGCGAUUAGAAAGAAAUGAAAAGUAUAACAAAAAUUUUACAAGAUGGGAAGGUGAAGCUGAACUACGUCUAAAGGAAAGGUUAACAAAAUUGGAAAAGAUGACGGAAACAGAGAGACCCAACACGUUGGAAAUUAUUGUUGGUGCUGGAAACAAUUCGAAAAGUCGUCAGCAGAAAUUAAGACCUGGUAUUGAGAAAUAUUUGAAAUCAACUGGGCAAACAUUCAUAGAAGCAAAUAAAGGCUCGCUUUUGAUUGAAAUGAAACGGUACGAAGGUCAUCAGCCAUGCUUUGGUUGUUACUAUUGUAAAAUAUGUAACAGGUCAUGGACCUCAGACGUAAGUUGGGUGGAUAAUUUCCAACUCUGUUACAAAUGCGAGUCUAUUUGCUAUUCUUUCAAACAUCAAGGAAAGAGUAACGCACCUCGUCGAAGAAGGAAUAAUAAUUCCAGCUUAAACUGUUUUUUUAAAGAACACACAUAAAUUUGCGGUAAAUGUUUGCAAUUAGGCAAAGAUUGCAGAUCUGAGAGUUAAACAGUGAUAGAGGCGACAGCACUGCAGUUAAAGAAUAUGAAUACCUCAAAUAACUGUUGAAGAUUGCAAAUUAAAAAGUGUAUUUUUAUCUGUUCCUUCACAUUCACUUUUUUUAUGACUUUCGUAGGAUUUGAUUUUUAUCAUUUUCAUAAAUUUGUAGAUUAUUUGGUUGUAUUUCUUAGAAGUUGAAAAGAAGUCUUUCUACCGCUGUGA